AUGGACUACAGCAUCUUCGAGCUGGGCGACUUCAAGCUCGUCUCUGGCGAGACCCUUCCAGGUGCAUUCAUCGCCUACAAGACCUUUGGCGACCCCUCCUCUCCCGCCAUCAUCUACCCUUCGUGGUUCAGCGGCGCCAUCUCGGACAACGAAUGGCUCAUAGGUGAAGACAAGGCUCUCGACCCCCGUCAAUACUUCAUCAUCAUCCCAGCUCUCUUUGGCAACGGACAGUCGAGCAGCCCAUCCAACACGCCGCGCGAGUCGCCCCUCAAGCCGUUUCCCAACAUCACCGUCAAGGACAAUGUGACCGCGCAGCAUCGGCUCGUAACCGAGCAUCUGGGCGUCCAGAUCGCGCGACUGGUGCUCGGAUGGAGCUUGGGCGCCAGCCAGACGUAUCAGUGGCUCACCCAGUAUCCCGACUUCAUGGACCUCGGGGCGCCCUUCUGCGGGAGUGCGCGCACGUCGCUGCACAACCAGGUGUUUCUCGAGGGCGUCAAGAGCGCACUACUCGCCGCCAAGGGAGCUUCUUCCGGUGGUAGUGCUGCCGGCGAGUCAGCGCCGGCGUACCGGGCGUGGACGGAGGAGGAAAAGGUCGUCGGGCUGAAGGCUUUCGGGCGAGUGUAUGCGGGAUGGGGGCUCAGCCAGGCGUUCUACAGGGACAAGGUCUAUGAGACGGAGCUAGGCUACAAGGACCUGGAGGACUUCUUGGUCAACUUCUGGGAGUCGUGGGCCCUGUCCAAAGACCCUGAGAAUCUGCUUACCAUGCUUCACACGUGGCAGGCUGCCGAUUGCUCUGAUCAGGAGCCGUAUAACAAGAAGCUGGAACUGGCCAUGCAGAGCAUCAAAGCGAAAACGUUAGUUCUGCCAGGCAAAACUGACCUGUAUUUCCCUCCCGAAGAUUCACAGUACGAGGUGCGGCACAUGGCGGAAGGCGUUGGACAGUGUAUUCCAUUUCCAUCCGUCUGGGGCCACUGGGCCGGUGGACCCGGUGUCAGCAAAGGAGAUGUUAAGUGGCUGGAUGGCCAGCUGAAGGAUCUCCUGGAGAGCAACAGGUGGCUUCUGGACACCACCGGAUUGGACAACGAUAGCUACACCAGUGCGCCAAACUGGGGCUAG